GUUCCGUCUGUCUUUGGCGCUGCGACACUUCGCGCGGCGCGCUUAGUUUCGCGCGAGCUCGCGGUGGUGGAGGGUUACGCUUCUCAACGGCCGAAGUGAACAUUGCGAAUCCGCGUCGAAGGCGGAGAGUGCAACACGCGGAUUCUACAUCGACCAUCGGCUCAUGAUCACUCAGGCGAAGAACUUGACGAAGGACCUCACCGGCAUGUCCACCUACGAGAGGUCGAGCGAGGCGCAACACUUGACGACGAUGACGAGGAUCGUGGGGGUGUGCACCGCUAUUGUUGUGUGCGGCGUCGGCGUGGAUGUGGCGUACCAUCGACACGUCAUGGGGCUUUACGUUACGGCGGCGUCGGGUGUCAUCUUCUUCCUCGAGGUCACCUGGGCCAUCACGUUGUUCGUGCAGCUGUGCGUCAGGAACGAGGAUUCCCUUUGCUCGCACUGCUGGCUGGGUGUCUUAGCGACGACGCGGGGUUGGCGGCGGGCGUUAUUCUACUUGCCGUUGUCCUGCAUCCUGGCGUGGCGACCCAACCGGCUCUGGCUGUCCUACGUCGCGGCUGGCCUGUUGGCGGUGCUGUCCUUGUUGCAUAUUGCAUCGAGCGCGCUCGGACGCCGAGGUCCUUGCCAAUCGAGCACCGGCACCGACUCGGUCGGCGAGAGCCUCUUGAACUCCAGGCAGGAGAAUUACGACCGCUUUGAGGAGGUUCUGGUGACGGAGGUCCUCGACGACGGAGUGUCAGCACCAGGACGCUGUCCCGGGGACAGCGACGGCGAGAUAUGACACGAGCGACGGCCCUCCUGGGCCAGCGAGUCCGACGAGGACAGCGAGCCGGAACAAAGGACCUGUCAGAUCGCCACGCUGUCUUAGUCACCGGCGACGGAAGCGGAGGAAAAUCCCUCCCCCGAUUCAAUCUCGUCCUGCGAGGAGGAGGUGUCGAUAGCGCGUCGAUGAUUCCGCUCGAGGCGAGGAUGAGGAACGUACGAGGGCGAGAUGACGCCUCUCAGAAGUGCGGGCGGAUUAAAGGAACGGGAAUUCAUCGUGCGAGAGAUCCGCAGGGCUAAAGGGAUAGAGAGAGACGGAGAGAGAGAGAGAAACGAUGAUCAGAGAGGGACUGCAAAACGACGAUGUGAGGAUAAGACGAUAAUUGGGACUUCUGUUUCUUCGCCGCAGUCUUCUUAAUUAAAGACGUCGGAGGCGAGUGUAAAACGUAAAACGUGGUCUACGGUAGGAGUACGUUUAUGUGAAAGAAUAGUAAAAAAUUGACCAAUCAUAUCCGAUCAUUCUCCUUACAUUCGAAUAUGAUUGGUCGAUUUCUUAUUCUUAUUUAUUAUGAUACAUACUCCUACUGCCCAGUGUAGACUGCGUUUAACGUGCCUAAAAGUCUUGAGGAAUACGUUGAAGUUAAAGAAUAUGUGCUCAUAAGAUGGUACAUAUGUACUUAUGUUACAUAUAUUUAAACAAUUGCUAAAUAACUUGAAAUGAACGCGACAGAAUCAUGAUAAGAGACAGGCCAAAUGGGAAGAUUACACGUCGUAUGAUGUCAUCGAUUUCACUGUUAUUUCUUGAUGGUUAGAACGAGAGGAAAGUUUUCCAAGUAUUUUACAAAUACGCUCGCUCGAUCGCAAGUGCCAUUUUACAGGCCGUACUCUUUUGCUUCGACGUAUCCCGCAAGAAUUUUGGACGCGCAAUUUUCUCGCCUCUAACGUUGUCAAGGAGGAAACGACCGCGGCGAGGGACCGUGAGGGCCUUAACGCGCGAAGAAAGAGCGGCUGUACGCGCAAAUAUUUUUCUUAGAUAGAGAUACGUCUGUCGGUUGAACCGACGACUCUUUUAUGUCAUCAAUGUAUUUCGGAAUCAUACACAGGUACAAAUGUAUAAUAAUAAUACUUGUAUAACAGCAUGACGUACAAAAAACAUUUUCGUUCUCGUAUGUCGGUAAAUGAUUGUAACACUCACCGUAAGAAAAACAUUGCCAAUAAACGAUUUCGAACGGG